AUGACGUCCACGAAUUACGCGAAACGUCGGACUAUCAUCAAGUUUUGUACUCCUGACGAGCAGGAUAAAAUAGCGGAACUAGAAAAGCGAGUGGAGGGAUUGGAAACGGCGGAGGAUGACCCCGCCUUCCUGUCACAGCAGACAUAUCGUCGAUACCUUACAGCAUGUGAUUGGGACGUGAGCGUAGCCGAGAAGUUUCUCAAAGCGACCAUAGGUUGGAGAAGGGAAACAAAACCCCAUAAUAUUGUUUGCACUUUCUGUUAUGACAAACCUGGAUAUCAUUCAAUGCGCCAUGUUGGAUUUGACAAACAAGAUCGUCCAGUUUUAUAUGCAAACUUUGCCCAGUGCCUGACUCAACAUAAUACUGUCGAGGACGCCGAGCAACAUUUACUGGAUAUAUCCGAGAACGCAAUACGGGCAAUGCCUGCACACGUGCACCAGCUCGUGUGGGUUAUGGACUUUACUGGAAUGAAGGUCUCGGCGUGCAAUCCACGAUUGGCACGUGCAACAGAAUACCUUAUGUCUAAUCACUAUCCAGAACGCCUUGGUGCAUUUGUUUGUGUGAACCAUGGAGUUUUGUUUCAUGCUUUCUGGAAAGCUGUCAAACAUUUUAUACCUGCCGCCACAGUUAAAAAAGUUCACAUGGAACGACAUCAUGACAAAAUUGAUAGUCUUUUCAGUGAGCUUUUCCCAGAAGAAUUAAAACUCUGGUUGUAUGAGGAAAUUAGACUUAACAAGCUUCAUCCUAUGCCAGAGCAUCAGAAAGAAUUUUGGACACCAAAGAGCCAAGGGCACGAUACAAGAGGUUGUAAAAGUUACAUAGAGAAAUACUUGAAAAACACAGAUAUAGAGGAAGAAAAAGCAGAGUGUAAUUCCUACCGACCUCACCCGAGUAUACUAGCAAACAUUACAAAAAGCAACUGAAGAUCAGUUUCUAACUACAUUAGAGUGUAUAAUAUAUUGGUUCAUGUUAUUAUCAUGCUAGUGAUUUGAACUAUGAUAGUUUGAAAUAAAGUUUGAUUUUAGCAUUUGCAAAUUGCCAAUGAAACUAUAAUUAUGAAAUCUUACUAAAUAUUCUGACUCAGCAAAAUUCUCGUAACUAAUACAUAAUUAUGGUUAUGUAUAUAUGGAAAUUAAAUAUCAUUGAUUUUUG